AAUGCAAAUACCGCAAUCAGCUAGCAUUGAAAAACAAUACCUUGAAAACACUUGCUAGUGAAAGAUAUGUAUGUAAAUUUCCCUCAUUGUAUAUCUAAAGACAUGGCGCCUUUCUUCGUUUUACGGUAUUUGCUACAGUCUCCCAGUUAGUUGUAAAGUGUAGUGCAAGAGUGAUCUUGAAAAUGCGCCUUUUUCAGCUUUUCAAGAAGAUCGCAGUAUCAGAGUUACCGAUAUCGGCUGUUCUUUUUACUGAUAUGGUAUCAAGACGAAGAAUCCUGUCGAGGUCCAGGGAUGACUUGCACAUGGACUCCACGUUUCAGCCUCCAGAAGAAGAGGAGGACGUUUGGUACCAAAAGGACAAGCUAUACAAGGACCACAUUCAAGAAGUGCUGGACAAGUGGACUCAAAUAGACGAUGAAAUAUGGGCAAAAGUCAUAGUUUUGGAAAGAAACAGAAGGGUAGCAAAAGCAUACGCCAGGGCUCCAGUUCUGACAGUAAACGGAUCAGAUGAUGGAUUUGAUGGUUUUCGUAUCGGUUUGUGUGGUUUCGACAAUCCAAUGCGAGAUCAAAAGACGGAAGAGUUCAAAAGGCACAUUGGGCAUGGAGUGAAAAUCAAGAUGGACGACGCUGGUAACAUCCUAAUCAAGAGAGUAUCCAAAUGCAACGUCUACAUCAAAAACACAGGUCAAGACGAUGAAAAUUCCAUUGGAAACGAGAUCUUGAAACUGCCAAAUUGUGCGUUAGAAGUAGACAAACCUGUGAAGCUAUUCGAUAUGAAAAAAUUCCAAUCAAAUGUAAAUAGAGAACUGAGGCGUGCCUACCCUGAUAGGAGAAGGUUAGAAUGUCAGUGUUUGAGCGCUAUAGCUUUUGUAAAGAAUGAAUCCGAAUUACUAGAAUGCCCCAUAUGGGUUCUUAUCAUAAACGUCGUAGCAAUGGAUAUGUUGAAGUCAAAAUUACCUCCAGUUCAACGAGUGAUGGACAUCAAAAACAGACCCAGAAUUCCUAUACCAGAUGAAGACCCUUACAGCAUAGCCGGAAACGGAAGUGGUUCUUCCGGCAGUUCCGGUUUUAACGGUAAUGUGGCAGCAGCUCGUGAACAACUACUCCUGCAGAGUCAACAGCACGCCCAACGCAGAAGUGAGAAACCUCCAAAACUUCCACCAAGAGAGAACGUUACGUACCCACAUGACAUCCCCAAGCCUGAUUAUGAUGACCACCAAGAGGAAGAAAGCAGAUUGAAGCCAUUCCCCAGUUCGCGAAAGGAAAAAUCCAAGAACAAAAAAUACGAUGAUCCUUACUACUGUGGAUUGAGAGCCAGGGUUCCAAAUUUUGUCUCAAAAUCCAAAACCAAAGAUACAGUACCAACCAAAAGAUUUUCAAUAAAUCAACCUGCUCCACUUCCGAUGAUGCACCACCAUCAAAUCAAUCACCACCUGCCACCUCACAUGUGGCAUACCAGGAGCUACGAAAGCGGUAUAGACACUGAUGCUAUAGAGUCUCCUUAUAACCAAAUUUAUGGCAGAUUACCAAUUCCCACAAGGUCCUACAUACCCAGUCAACCACAGCGCACUAUGUACAUUGGAGAAUGGGACUAAAUAAAAAUAUGUUGGGGUGAACCGUACACUCCAGUUUUCGAGCUCAAUCAAUACGUAAAUUUAGAGAACUUCGAUGCUUUUAUCAGAGAAAUAAAUUAGACACAUAAAACGUGAUCAUUUCUAGUUAAAUUUGCUUAUAGGAUAUUUUUUAUUUCUUGAAAUAUAUAUCUCACUCGAAGGUUGUCGUUAUAUACCUACUUUAGACUUUAUGCAGUCAAAGUUUUCCAUGAUAUAUCGAAAAACGGAAAAUCUAUCCAGUUUUUCCGAUAUCUUGAAAAACGGAAGCUUCAAGAUACAGUUCGCUUAUACUUACUGGUCUAAAGGUUAGUCCAACCUCCAACAAUUUUUGUUGAGGAUUCGCUGAAACUAAAUACUCAACUUCGAUAACAUUAUUCUUACAAAAGCGUAAGAAUAGAUAGAGAAGUUAUUUUGUACGUGGAGGAACUACACUGCCUUUACUAUGAAAUUAGGAAGCUUGAAUACCUAUAUUCAUUUUAUUCAAUAUAAGUUAACGUAUAAGAUGAUGAAUUCGUACUUUGUAUAAAACUAAAUUUGUAUAUCUUUUUUUUAUGUAUACCAAUACUAUUUUUGUACUUCAAUUAGGAUGUAUCAUUUCCGAAAUAUCAUUUUUAUAUUUUAUAUGCUCAUAUCCUACAACACUGUAAAAAUAACUGAAUUUGUAUAGGAUUUUUUUUAUUUAUAUGUACAAUAAUAAAUGGUGAUGGCUGUUUCUGUUGA